AUGGCCAAGGACGAGCAACUCGCCGUGGCAGGCGACUCCCGGCCGGAAGUGCCUCGCACCCGCAAACUGACCCCUGAGCUGCAGAAGCUCGUCGACCGCGAGGAUGAAAUACUGGACCAGCUUUACGAGGGCAACUCGAUAGAUACCGUUGAUACCGGAUAUCGAUACUCGGCUUACGCAGCUCGAAUCCGGACGCUACUUCUUUCUGCACACCGUUAUGUCGCAUAUACAUCGGACAUUGGAGAGUCGUUCCGGCCAGUGGCGCAUCCAUGGCUGGUCAAAGGCGCAUACGGUGUCUCCUGGGCUUACAUCUUUGGUGAUGUCGCCAAUGAAGGAUACAAGGCAUAUCUACGGAACCAGGAGAUACUCGCUCCGAAGAGUGAAGCUUUUAGAAAGGCUAAUGAGACCAUUGCUGCUGGAGACGUUAAUUUGAAAAGUAGUACUGACCGCAAGGCACUGGAAGAGCACUUUGUGAACAAGGCUGCUCUAAAGGACAUUGAAGAGCAUACGUUAACCUCAACAGCAUGCCCCAAACAUCCGAUGCCCUGGAAAGAUCCCGAGGCAGAUACUCUGGCUCCAUGGCCAACAAGGAAGAUCCCUAUGAGUGAGGACUACCGUUCCGUUAUGGCCGAGAGAGCCGUAUUCCAGUCCAUUGCCAGUAUGGGCUUACCAGCAUUCACAAUCCACUCUAUUGUCAAGUACUCUGGACGAGCAAUGAAGGAUAUGAAGAGCGUGUUUUUCAGAACUUGGGCACCAAUCGGGCUUGGGCUUUCCGUUGUCCCAGCCUUGCCGUAUCUAUUUGAUAAACCCGUUGAAGAAGCCGUACAAUGGGCAUUCCACAAUGGCUUCCUGGUGUUCGGUGGACCUAAUGCCGUUCCUCAAGAGACUCUCUCCGAAGGAGCGCUUUCAGAGGCCUUCUAUGCGGCACAGGCCGUAAGGAAGCAACGACAAGAAGAGCGAGAGCGCCGAAGGGAAGAGCGACGACUUCGACGCGAGAAGUCUGAAUGA